GCUACAGCUUCACUCACGUCCAAUUGCACGGAGAAGCUGGCGACGUGGACAAGCAGAAGGUGGCGGAGCAGAUCGAGAGAUUUCGUGAGCAGCUGCAGGAGUUCGACGUCGAGCUCAUUUUUAACAAGGACGAGACGGGACAUUUCUUCCGCUGCUUCCCGAGAGGUACAUACGUCACGAGGGGGGAGACCGCCGCCGGCGUCAACAGCAAAACCGCGCGGGGUUCGAAGGCCAUGAAGGCCAAGGAUCGGUGGACGAUGGUCGCCUGCUGCAAUACGACCGGGUCUCUGAUGGUGCCGUUCGCCGUUAUCAGCACGUCGAAAAAAACGAUGGUUUUCCGCCACGUCCGCAAACCGCCAUGUUCCUACUUCGAUCAGGAGAGUGCCUGGCUCGAUGCAGCCAUUUGCCAGUGGUUUGACAAAGUCUUUGUCCCCUUCGUCAAAGGCAAGACCUCAAAGAAGGUGGCCCUCUUGUGGGACAACUGCCCUGGCCAUAAGAUCAAAAGCAACGACCCGCAGAUCGUCAUCAUCUUCUUGCCUCCGGAAAUCACUUCUGUCUACCAGCCCAUGGACAUGGGCAUCCUGUUUGUACUCAAGUGCCGGUACAAGACCGAGAUGGUGGCAAGGCUGGCAGACCUCAUCGAGGACUGGGACACCGUCCGUGCACGAAAAUUCCAAAGAGGGUGCCAGGGCCUCAGCGAUGCAGGACAGGCGACAAUGCUGGACGUCACGGAGAUCGGUUCCCAGAAGUGGCGUAGCUUCGACGUUCAAACGGUCAUAACGUGCUGGCUCAAGGCUGGCAUCCUUCCCAGGGAGCACUGCAACGUUCUCAAGGGCAUGGACACGCGGGUUGACCGAGAGGACAAGGACGACGCGGCAAUCAUCGACGGCCUUUGUGACAUGGUUUCAAAAAUGGCGAUGCCAGCAAGCGUAACGGGCUAUAGGUCCAUGCCGCGAGUGUUGACGGACAAUUUGUUGGUCGAGAAGGGCACAGACCUCACAGAGCAGGAGGUCCGAACGGCGGUCAAGACGUGGCUUACGGUAGAGGACGACCCCGAGGUGUUAGAAGAGGAGGUGGAGUUGGAACUGCAUGCAGUAGAGAGGGAUAUCGCCGGCUUAGAAAUGGACGACGACGUAUCGAGCGAAGAGGGGGACGGCGACGGCAGGCCGGAGUCGUGCAUAACCUCGUCCCUCACCGAGGGCGAGGUUAUCUCUCGCUUGGAGGACGUUCGAUCAUAUUUGUACGCGAAGGGAAGGGGUGGCGAGUACCGUGAGACGCAGUACCUUCUUUCGAAGACCGUUCAUUCGUUUACUCACGAAACUUAACAAACCCGUAGAGCCAAGCCGCGGGGGGAGGUUCAGGGAACUCUCUGCGACAUGUGAAAGGAAAAGUCGUCAGGAUAGCUUGGUCUCCGCCGGGACAGUGAUAUGUACUGGUGUUCCUUGGUGCGACGCUGAAAUACGCUCGUUUUUUUUGUGUUUCACGAAAAUGAGAUAAAUGUAUUUCUACUUGGACUUUCCUCCUU